AUGGUGAUCGACAUGGUAUACACUCCCAUGAACGUGGUUGAGCUAAACAGUCUGGCCGUGCUUCAGAUGCGCCAACAACAGUUUGGUCAAGCCCUCAGCACUCUUCAAACAGCCGUCGUGGUGCUCGAGGAGAUCUAUCGCACCAACAUGAUCGGGUGCCAUCAGCCCAACAAGAAACGUCGUCGUCUUUCUUCAGAUGAAUCGGUGUCCAGUGACACAGAGGAUGAUGCUGUUGGGGUUGUUCAAAGUGUGCAAGUGUUGGACGAAAAGGCCCAAGCAAAGUUGGUUUCCAACUCGGCAGUUCCCAAUGACGACGUCUUGCUCUUUUAUGAUCGCGCCUUUACCUUUCAGAACUUCCAAAACAUUGACUUUGAACUUUCUGAAAACAAGUCCAGCCUCUCUGCUCUUCCCACAUGUUCCAAGCUUUGCGCUUCUACCGACUGGCGCACGUGUCAUUGGAGCAAGUGA